AUGCCGUCCCUACAGAAGUUUGUAACUUCUCUUUUGCUGGCUGGAAGUGUGUUGGGUGCACAAGUCACUGCCAAGCAGUUCUCCCACCAUGACGAGAAGAUCACGCCCAAGGUCUUCAUUGUCUCGAUGUUCGAACCGGAAGCCAAGGCGUGGUGGAACAUUCCUGAGUUUAACCUGCUAGCCCACAACAUCACCAUUCCCGGUCUCUCCCCGCUCUACCCCGACAUUCACUGCACGGAAGACCAUGAGGUCUGCCAGCUGAUCACCGGAGAGUCGGAGAUCAACGCCGCGGCCACCGUCAACACUGUCGCCUUCUCCCCGGUCUUUGACUUGAAGAAGACCUACUUCCUUGUGGCGGGAAUCGCCGGUGUCAGUCCCAAGCGUGCCACCCUUGGAUCGGCUACUUUUGCUCGCUAUGCAGUCCAAGUAGCUCUGCAGUAUCAGAUCGACAUCCGUGAAUUGCCCAGUAACUAUUCAACCAGCUACAUUCCCUACGGCCGAGUCUUCCCUGGCAAAUAUCCGACCACCAUCUACGGCACCGAGGUCUUCGAGGUCAACGCGGCCCUCCGUACAGUCGCCGCGAACUUCGCCCGUCAGGCUACUCUUGCCGACUCUGCAACUGCCCAGGCUUACCGUGCUCACUAUGGCAAUGGCACCGGAGAGUACAAGGCUGCCACCCUGGCGCCCGGCAUCGUUGAAUGCGACACUGCCACCUCAGACGUCUACUACAGUGGCAAUCUUCUGGCCACCGCGUUCGAGAACACCUCCAAGCUCCUCACCAACGGCACCGGGGACUAUUGCUCCUCUGCACAGGAAGACAACGCCACGCUUGAAGUCCUCCUCCGAGCCGCGUCUCACGAGCUGGCCGACUUUGCUCGAAUCAUCGUCAUGCGGACUGCAUCCGAUUUUGAUAGACCCUACCCCGGUGCCUCAGCCGCGUACAACUUGCUCCUAGCAAACCAAGGUGGCUUUGAGCCCGCCUUGGAGAAUAUCUACCGCGCCGGCAUCAAAGUGGUGCAGGGUAUCCUCAAUGACUGGAAUACGACCUUUGCCGAAGGUGUGAAGCCUACCAACUACAUUGGUGAUAUCUUUGGUACUUUGGGAGGCGAGCCUGACUUUGGGCCGGGUACUGCGCAAGCUUUGGCGGGCAGUGGAGCUUACAAGAAGCGGAGCUUGGAGGGUCGUUCUCGCCGACGUGGUUGA